UUUUAUUUAUUGUUAUAAAUAUAAUAAUUAAUUUAAAUAUUUACAUAAAUUUCAUAAAAUAUAAUUUAAGAGAUGUCAAUCAAAUUAUAAUAAUCAGAUAGCUAGAGAAUCUUUGUUUUUUGGGUCAAGCUAAUAAUAAAAUUUUCCAAAGAUUGCAUACUAUAUAUUUAGUUAGACUGAUAUUUAAUUUUGAAAUAAACCAAGUAAAAAAGGUGGUAAAUACAUUGCCGUAUACUUUCUCUGAGACGGAUGAUAAAAUAGAAACUCAAUGAUUUUAAAGUCGUUAAAAAUUAAAUCAAUAGAAAAUUUAACAAUUAUUUUACAUAAAAACUUAAAUAAUCCAAAAUAUUUUUUUUGGAUAAAAACUAAGGUUUAAUUUAUUUCUAACUCAUACACAUUAAUCUAUAAUUUGGAAUAUACAUACAACAAACUAUGAGUUCUAAUAUGGCAAUAACACAGCUCAGAACCAAAGCAACGCAUGGCUGGUGGAAUCGGGCGCCACCACACCACCUUUUAGUAUCUUUGUUUCGUUUAUAGUGAUGUUCAUGUUGAAUUAAGUGUUUUUUUUUAACUGUUUACGACGCACUUCCCUUACUUAUCAUUACAUUUCACAAAGUUGAUCACUUUUUGAUCAAACAUCAGCAAUUGAUUGGUAUUUUUUCGAAUGAUUCGCGUAUUGAUUGUUAAUCUGAGCACAAGGAGCAAGUUUACAGUGAAUCACCAGUUCUUCCAAUUCUGACAUAGCUAAGACUUGUUUUAAUUUAUAAUAAGUUUUUUUUUGUAUAGACAAUAUUAGUGAGUAAUGUGAAAUGUUUUCUUUGACAGCUUAUUAAUUCUCAGAAGGAGAUCUUGGACGCUUUUACAUCUCAUCAGAAGAAAAUGAUUGAAGCUUUACUGGACUUGCAAACUAAGAUUGCAAAGAAUGAUGAAGUGAAAUCUCUUCGGAGAGCAUAGAGAGAAACUUAAAGCUAUUGCUGAACCAUUAUUCAAGAAACUUUUAGUUGCAUUAUAAAAAACAGAUGUAAUUGCAUUCUAUCAUGUGGAGGCAUAAAAUCAUUUUUUUAGUUCCUAAGAAGUAAGAAUAAUAAUCUUGUAUGAUUUUAAGAUAACAGAGGCUUACGUAGCCUCACGGUUAACUAUGUCAUAUAAAAAAUAAUUUAACAAUUAUUUCUCUUAUAAUAAUCCAUACUUGAUAUUUUAUAGAAUGUCACAAUUGUUGUUUGUUUUCUUUACAAUGAGAAUCUAAUUAACAAGAUUCGUCAAUGAGCAUAAUAAAUACAAAGCAUACUUCAAGAACUGAAUCAAUAAACCUGCAAUGGAUCUUCAACUAAGCACUAACCUUCUCCUCAUCACAUCCUUCGUUUUUGCUUUCAUGCUUAAUGCUUUCUUCAAAUGGUUCUCCUCUAAGAAGCAGAGUUCAACGGCUGCGACAAAGCUGCCACAGAGCCCUUCAGCUUUACCAUUGAUUGGUCACCUUCAUUUGAUAGGCAAAGUGCUGCCUGUCUCAUUCCAGAGCCUAGCUCGCAAGCAUGGCCCACUCAUGGAGAUACGUCUCGGUGCUUCUAAGUGUGUUGUAGUCUCAAGCUCUUCGGUGGCGAGAGAGAUCUUCAAAGACCAAGAGCUUAAUUUCUCCUCGAGACCUGAGUUUGGUUCUGCUGAGUAUUUCAAGUAUAGAGGGUCAAGGUUUGUCCUAGCGCAGUACGGUGAUUACUGGAGGUUCAUGAAGAAGCUCUGCAUGACCAAGCUUCUCGCUGUUCCGCAGCUUGAGAAGUUCGCUGACAUCCGUGAGGAGGAGAAGCUGAAGCUGGUCGAGUCUGUGGCCAAGUGUUGCGGAGAAGGGGUGCAUUGUGACUUGAGUAGCCUGUUCGUGAGUUACACCAACAAUAUCAUCUGCAGGAUGGCGAUGAGCACGAGGUGUUCGGGUACUGAUAAUGAAGCAGAGGAGAUUAGGAAGCUGGUGAAGACAUGUUUGGAGCUUGCGGGGAAGGUCAGCGUUGGAGAUGUGUUGGGACCAUUGAAAGUACUUGAUUUUUCAGGGAACGGGAAGAAGUUAGUAGCUGUGAUGGAGAAGUAUGAUCUGCUUGUAGAGAAGAUCAUGAAGGAACGUGAGGCAAUGGGGAUGAAGAAAGAAGGUAUGAGAAAAGACAUUUUGGAUAUGUUGUUGGAGACUUACAGAGACCCAACUGCUGAAUUGAAGAUAACGAGGAAUGACAUGAAGUCUUUCCUGUUGGAUGUUUUCAUGGCGGGAACAGACACAUCAGCAGCAGCAAUGCAGUGGGCAAUGGGGGAACUAAUAAACAAUCCACAAGCGUUCAACAAGUUAAGAGAAGAGAUUAAUACCAUUGUUGGAAGCAAAAGACUAGUCAAAGAAUCAGACGUUCCUAACCUCCCUUACCUCCGAGCUGUCCUAAGAGAAACUCUGAGGCUCCACCCUUCAGCUCCUCUGAUCAUAAGAGAAUGCGCAGCGGACUGCCAGGUGAACGGGUGUCUUAUCAAGUCAAAAACACGUGUGCUAGUAAACGUCUAUGCAAUCAUGAGAGAUCCAGAGCUGUGGAAUGAAGCAGAACAAUUCAUACCCGAGAGGUUUCUAGAGAGCUCUCAAGAGAAGAUAGGUGAGCAUCAGAUGGAGUUCAAGGGGCAGAAUUUUCGUUACCUUCCGUUUGGGAGUGGGAGAAGAGGAUGUCCAGGAGCGUCUCUAGCCAUGAACGUGAUGCAUGCAGGUGUGGGUUCGUUGGUGCAGCGCUUUGACUGGAAGUGUGUUGAUGGAGAGAAGGUUGAUCUGAGUCAAGGUUCUGGUUUUGCUGCUGAGAUGGCUCGACCGCUUGUCUGCAAUCCUGUGGAUUGCUUCAACACUUUCUAAGUGCCUGUUUCUAUAAGACGUCCCAAGAUGUAUCUGUAAUUCUGUACCAUUUUCAAGGCUCUUUUCAAUAAAACUUAUCCGGCAACUUUACUGCCUGCAAGGUGACUAAUGAUCAAUGGUGAUGGGGGAUGUCUCAGUCACUGUAGAGUUCUCUUGAUCUGUUGUUCCUCUUCAGAGAUUGCUAGCUCCUAUGACAUUUGAAGUUAACUGCACAGCACCUUCUCUAACUAACUCCUAAAGAUCAUAUUCUUGCAAAACAUCAUGCAAUCUCUUCUUUUUAAUUGUUGACUUUUUUUCUCAACUGUUAUAAGCAGAUAACAACUUUGUUCAAUACCAUAUGUUUGUAACUACUUCAAAAUUCAAAUAUUUAAAGAUUUUUGUGUUCCUUAAGCAUCUACAUACAAACAGGUGGAAAAUCUGAAUCAAUCAUUGUUGUUUUCUUGUCUUCAGCUUGGAGGAAACAGCUUCUCUGCUUGGUCCGGGAAGAAUGUUAUGAACAACAAA